AUGGGGGAAUCCUAUGGAGUUGACUCGCUCCACAUCAACGUUGGCGACGGCGAGUGUACCGUCCAUCUCCUGGUCAAGGUGCAGCCGACCACAGACGCAAAGUCCAUCGAAAAGGCUAUUCUCAUCGACACGGGCUCGCCGGGCGCGUCUCGCUUCGGCCGCGGCGUCCUAGCAAGCAGUCUCGCGUCCAUUGCCGCACGUUACGGCUGCCCGGUGCUGCAAUUCGACGCCGUGGUCCUCUCCGUCUGGGAUCCGGAUUACUAUGGUGGUCUCUUUGAGCUGCUCGGCGCCGAAGUCGACGACAAUGUUCAACCGGGCCAGCGACUCGACAAUUUUCGCGCCAGCUGGCUCAAGUACGAUGCGCAGGGGAAUCCGGUCUCCGUGCUAUACGCGCCGUGUGCGCCUCCAUCGCAUGUACCAGAGCUCAAGCUGCUAGGAGAUGGGACCAACAGGUUGAUAUUUGAGUUCCUCAGACCAGGAGCGGAUCAGCCGAUCCAUAUCAGUGGCUUCUGCAAUUUUGUUUAUAGCCCUGAGUUGCUGCUUGGUCGCGAUUUGUUCACGGCGUCGGGCCCGCCAGUCAACUUUUUCAAUUCGCCAGCGAGCUCUCCUUAUGAUUUACUGGCUAGGAAUCCGCCAGGCAGAGACAUGCCGGCCUUGUACUGCAUCGCGGCAGACAAGACAGUCAUGACGUCUCGAGGGCGUAUCGCGAAAGCUGAGUCUUCGCUCGCGUUUGCCAUCAUGUGGGACAGCAAGCCGGCGUGCGUAUCGUACUUUGGCGGCAGCGUCGCCGAUGACGCUAUCCAGUCGGAGCUGCUCGACUGGAUCACGGCAGACCCUCCAGCCACUCAUGUCGAGGGGAUCAGCGUGACGACGAUGAAGGUGGGCAGCCGCAGCGGAAAGCCCGUCACCAUUGCGGAUGCCGUCGACAGCUUGGCUCCCCAGAGCUUGGUCAUGUUCACGGGGAGCAAGUAUGGAAAUCCUCGAUGGGAGCUCAUUCUCUUGCUCCACACUCUUCUCUUGUCCCAGCAGUCCGAUGUUGCUCUAUCCGGAACCGUUUACGCCACGCAAUACCCAUACUACUUCGUGAGGCAGCCGGACACAGCAGGCAGCAGAAGCAGCUAUGCAGACUUCUCGGGAACCGGGCAGCUCUCGUAUGACGCCUUUGUCCGCCCCGAAAAGAACGACCAGUUCCUCGCGAUGCUCUCGGAAUUCUAUGACCGCAUCAACCAACGCCAGGCGCGACUGGGACAGCCGGGCCUCGUCAAUAUCUAUGACCAGUACUGCAUGUGGGGCGGCGACGAGACCAAGCGACAACAACCCUCAGAGAAAGCGUCGAGAGACUGGAUCACCGAUCAAUGCGAGCGUCGCUGGGCUCAGAUAUCCCCCAUCACGUCGCAGUCUCAUCCUGCUGUAGGUGCUGCUGUUCACGGAUCCUUCCUAGAUCCAGUGGGCGUCAAGGGAGCGAUCGAGUACAUCUGCGUCGAGUCACGCGAUGCCGCUCGGGGGCAAGUGGACGGCGUGGUCAAGGUCAAGUAUCUUGGACAGGCCGACUUGCAAAACCAUCAAAAAAGUCGCAAGAUCGCCGCCUUGUCCGAGUCUCGGACACCGUCCACGCUGGACACAUCCCGGGCACAACAACACCCGGAGACCACUGAAUCGGCGUCAAACAAUCCAGUCCCCCCGGCCCCGGCCGCCUCGCCCUCCCCUCCACAGACCAUGAUCAACCACUUUCCCACGUGGAGUGAAGAGCGUAGAGAGGCUCUGGGUCAGGGCCGCUUUGACAGUCACAGUGUCGUAACGCUCAAUGGCCUCUACAAUUUGGAAACACUUCUCGAGCCUCCGGCCGACGCCCUCGAGGUCCUUGCCGAGGCGAAUCCUCGCCUGACCACGCCUCGCAAGCCGUUGUGGGUGCAUCCAGAUCCCACAAUGCAGGCCCGGCUUGGGGUAUCGCGCCAAGUUAAGAAGCUCGACGCCACCACCACGUCGGCCAUUGCAAACGAGCUCUGCAUCGCGUCGACGUUCCUCGACGUAGAAGGCGGCGCGGUGGGCAAGCCCUCGGUCUUGGCGCCCGGUGAUGCCGACUCAUUCGUCGGCUCGCUGCACAAUGCCCGGCUAGAUCUGGCCUCGAAGCCCGUCGUCCCUGCUGCUGGCGAAACGCCAAAGUUUUUUGAGCUUGACAAGGCCGACGAGCUCUACGGCUGGUUCGCCGCGUCCGUCGGGGCCCGGAAGCUGCAGCUCGCGUCGAGCGCUAAAAACAAGAUUGCCGAGGUGGAACUGACCCAAAAGCUUUCUUUCGGAGGUGAAAUGAAGUUCGGAACGAAGCAUCUCGCUCAUAAUUUCGGCCAGGACCCGCUGAGGGGUCUCAGCGAGGAGAUGGGCGGCUUGGUCUCCCCCCAGAACCUUCUCGUCCUUGGCCUUGACCCCGGCUGCGAUGCUCUCCCCGUGCGCAUGUCCGAUGUGGUGCCUCUGCCCGUGAUGCCCGACCAAGCCCAGAAUCCGGAAAUUCUCGAGUUACUGGCCAUGCCACUGUCCAUCGACGUGCGUCCCGGCAGCAGAAACGCCAUCUUCUUCGACCCGGAGCGGAGUUACCGGACCGUCGAGCGGCUCCAGUAUACUGGUAAUUCGCAGAGCGCUGCAAUCAUGACAAAGUUCCUCGGCGCUCGAAUUCCCGGCAUUAGCGUCACGGGUGUGAAGGUCGUCUCCAAGCACAUCAGCACUUGGACAGUCACGGGGGGGGGCCACAGUGCCAUCGUCGAGGAGCAGAGUAGCAUCCAUCUGGACUGUACCAUGCCCUCGCUGGGCCUGAACGUGCCCGCUUCUGUUGUUCUGAGUGUCCAGCAGGGUUUCAUCAAAGUGGACAUCACGUUUAAGCAAGGCAAUCUCCUCGCCCAACUCCUGUCGUGGCUCGCAACGCAGGUCGGCCAGCUGGAUCUUGCUGCCCUCCUCGAAAGCGAGACGGCCAAGGUGAUUCUAUCCAAGACGCCGGAGCCCCGCAGAAUAUCCAUUACUCUGCCCCUGGCAGCGGACGGCAGUCUUGGAGAGGUUUCGGCCGUGUCAGUGGACAUUGAGCUGCUAGCUAAGGUUGGCACUUUGAAUGACAAUAAUAGCAUCCUAUUCCUCUUUACCUACGCUUGGAGCAGGGUGGAAGGCAGCAGUCUUCGCGGCGCGCUUUGGCUCAAACCACCCCUUGGCAAGGAAUCGGAUAUUCGCAAGCUGCUCCCUGAUUGGGAAGAAGAUCUAGAGCUUGUGCCCCUCAACAGAGACCAUCAGGGCUCCUAUGUCGACUUAAGAGCACUUGUUGCGCCUUCAACCCUGCCGCUAAAGCUGCCCUCACGAAUAACCGAGGCGACAAUUGAAAUCCGGAGCACGGGCUGGGCUUUCGGUGGGGCUAUAUGCGGUUCGCCGCCGACACCAAAGGAGGACACAACACCCCAGGUUUAUUUGGGCAAGCUCGGCGUGCGUGUGAUACAUUCUUGGAAGAGUGGUGCCCAGUUUAUCUUGGCCCGGUUGGACAUUGAUGUCGGGCUGCUGCGGAAAGAUGUUCUCAAGAAAGACGACAAACCUGGCCGGAUCAGGGGUUCCGUCGUGUACGACGGACGCAAGAAGAGAUGGCUCCUGGGAGCGGUAGUCAAGAGCUUUGACCUCGCUUACCUCUAUGCCCUCUUCGCCAGGGAGACGAGUGAAGCCCUGACUGUGCUUCUCCGUUUCGUCCACGUGAGCUAUCUCGUUCUGGCUUUUGAAAAUGUCGACAGCGUCAGCAAGGGCUUCCAGAUGGUCGGCGGCAUCAACAUUGGGUCCGGUCAGUUCGAUCUGGUGUACACUUGUGGGCCGCCGCCAGGAGGCCAGGCCACGAUGGCCGUCAAUCCGUUCCGCAGUGGCCCCGCCAAGCCCGAGCCAAUGCCAGAGACAGUCGACUGGGAGAUUGCCAUAUCGACUCCGGGUAACAAGGAAGCCCGCAACACCCCGACGCUCAAGGAAGUCCUCGCUGUGUUCGUCGGCCCGGUAGUCCUGGGUCUUACGCUCGGCCUACCGGCGUUUCUGCUUCACGUCAAGAUCGGCGAUAUCAAAGUUUCGGUACGGAGCGUGAGAGACGCCGCAACGAAAGCGCCAAUAUUAUGCAUUGUGGCCUCCCUCAUGGUGAACGGCGUUGAGAUGACCUUCAUCGUCAUGUUGGAUCCAACCUCGGGGCCAAAGGCCCACACAAAAUGCGUGCUGAAGGCAGCAUUGCCCAAGAUCCCAGAGCUAGACUUGCAGCCCAUGGGCAAGCUCAAAGUGCCGAUUGACGAGUUGUUCAUUGCCUACGUCAUCGACGUUCCGCCUAAGCCGUUCACCACCGACGUGACCAAGAUGGUGGGCCUCACAGUGGCGGAUCUGGCGCUUGCUAACACGGCACUCGCGCAACUCAAGAUGAAGAGGCUCGACUACCAGAGGUUCAAGAACGAGAGGGAUAUGACGGACAAGGACGCAGCCAUCGUGGCGGGAGGGCAUAUCUUCAUCAUGGGCGUGGAUGAGAACAACAAAUCUCGCGUCGCAUUUGAUUAUCCUUUCGCCACGCCCAAGGUAGCUGCCAAUGUAAUCAGACCGAAGGAUGACGGGGCAAGCGUGGAUAAGAAGCCACAAGAUGACAGGGCUAAAGACAGUGGCGGAAAGGACAACCUGUUUGGGCCCAAGCUGGACGGUGACUCGACAAAGCAGCCGCCAGCACAUGCCGGCGACCUGGACGUGCCCGAGCCACCGUCGGACGAUGAUGAACCUGCAGCAGCUCCAAAGCGCGGGAAACAGUCGCCAAAAACCGGAAGAAACAGGCUUCGCCCGCCACCAAGGGCACGAGAUGAAGACGACGAGGGCUCCGACCCUGGCCCGAGGCGGCUUGUAAAGGUCGAUAAGGCCAAAGGCAUCCCGGUCACUUCAGCUCCAGUCCUGGCUACUCCAACACCGGCUACCACUACUGCCCCGACAACGACAAGGCCGGCUACUACCGCUCCGGCAACCACAGCGCCGGUCACUACCGCUCCCACUACGGCAAGCACUAAGACCGACCAACAAAAACCUGGAUCAAGCGGUCAGGCGCCGUCCUCAACCAAAGCUCAGAGCCAGUCUCAUCAGGCGGACAAAAGUGACGUUUUUAACCCCGAUGAUGUAUCCGACUCGGAGCUCAAGAAUCGGAAGAGGCGAGACGCCAUACACCCACCAAGCAAGACGCCUAAGCCUCCGAUGCAAGUCAUGCCUUUCAAGAAAGACACGGAAUAUUUUCUGAUAUCCAACGUUGGAAUUACGUACGAAGACAACACACUGACGCUCUAUCUCGACGCCAAGGUCAUCUUGGGCGUCCUCCACGCCUCGGUCACUGGCUUGUGGAUAGCCGUGACCUUUGACCGCGAGAAAGUCAAGGAGGAUGACCCCCUUCUCGACAAGAUCAAGGUUUCGCAAGUCCGGGGAGGGCUCAAGGGCCUCGUGAUAGCAUACAACAAGCCCCCGCUAACAUUUGCUGGUGCCGGCUUCUUCACGGAGGAGACAACCUUUGUUCUGCGGCCAGGACAGGGCAACCUCGAGGUCCGCGACGUCUUCGGUGGGAUGCGCAACUUCCCGGCAAACUACAACGAAAACGACCUACCCGGGGUCGCUGGGCUUGCCAUGUUCAACUCGGCCAACCACGACGACGUAGUCCACAAGAAUUCCGCCCGGACUAUUGCGGGAGGCCUGAUAUUCGGGGUGACCAAGUUCCGGUUCACGGCAGCGCUCUUGUACCAGUCUCGCGAGCACAGCGAGUACAAAAUCCAGUUCUACAUGAAACCGGCAACAGUUGCGGGAGAGGAGCCCACUAGAGCGAAAACCCUCAUUCUCGACCCAAAAAAGAACAGCACGUCUUCAACCGUAUUCUUCUUUCUCAAGUGGGAGGGGCGUAUCCAGUUCACCGGCGUGGCCCUCACGGGGCUGAUGGUCGCUUUCGGGUACAAUCUGCAGCUCCGCCUGCCGCGCGUGGACGAGGUUAAGGACUUUCCCCUGGUGGCCAUGCAUCGGGCGGCAGUAUCGCCAACGAAUCAACUCCGCGAUCUUUGCUCGCCGGAGAGGGGUGGCUGGAUCAAGCCGCUCGAAAAUGAGAUGUUUCUGGCGUUCGGAGCCAAGCUCGACUUCGCGCUCGUCCUGUCCAUCGAUACUGCCGUCAUUGUCCAGUUCUCGCCCGAGUUCCGCUUCACCAUCGUCGGCGUGGCCGUCUGCGAGCUGCCGUCGGUGCAGUGCCCCGUCAAGAUGGCCCGAAUCGAGUUUGGCUUCAUUGCCACCCUGCACCCCAACGCCGGCAGUUUCAAGCUCGAGGGCGCCCUGUCCCCCGAGUCGUACAUCUUGCACGAGAACUGCCAUCUGCGCGGUGGUCUCGCCGUGUGCUUCUGGUGGCCCGUAUCCGGCAACGGUGCCACCCCCGAGGCUGCGGCGCGCACCCAAGGCGACUAUGUCAUGACCAUUGGCGGGUACCACAAGUCCUUUUCUGUCCCUGGACACUAUCCUUCUGUCGACCGCCUGGCUCUCGAGUGGCGGGUCAGCGACGCCAUCUCCAUGCGCGGCGAGCUGUACUUUGCCCGGACGCCAAAGGCCGUCAUGAUGGGCGUCAUGGUGGCUCUCACGUUUCGCGCCGGCAAUCUUUCAGCCUGGUUCACCGCAUGGCUCGAUCUCCUCGCCAAUCUCGAAACGGAGCGGUUUUCCUUUACAGGAGGCAUCACCGUCGGCGUUAACUAUACCAUCGAGGCCUUCUGGGUCUCGACAAACGUCAGCGCCCAGUUGGGAGCCCAGUUCCACAUCGAGGCGCGGCCCUUCGGCUGUCGGGCCCGCGUCGAGUUCUGGGUCUUUACCUUUGACAUAGAGUACGGCGACACCAGCCGGAUCCCCGAGUACCCAAAGUCUCUCCAGCAGUUCUACGAGCUCGUCCUUGGCAUUACCGGGAAAAACGCACAGGACCGGCCCGCCACGGUCUCUUUCAAUGCGACAGCGGGAUUGCUCGCCCCGGCCAAGGCGCCGUCUUCCGAUCCGACCAACGACGACAAGAAAAAACAGAAGCCAUGGACAGUGCGUGGUGGGCUGUUCGUCUUCUCAAUCGGCAGUACGUUCCCCGUCAGCUCCGUCCUCGUCGACGACCGUUCCGUGCCCGUCUCCAACGAGACACCCCUAUAUGCGAAGCCGAUGAAACGCAGCGCGGAGACAGUCUCAUCCGAAAUUCACGUCCGGAUCUUCAAGAAGGAAUUCCGCGGACAGAAUGGAACUCUCGACCCCGGAUAUGAUAAGAUCGGCUGGAACGUGGUGCCAGCAACCAAGGCUCUACCAAAAGGAUUUUGGGACAAGUACGAGGCCUGGAAAGACCCAGCCGCUGGUGGCAACUCCUCGGCCCUCAACGACGGAGGCCCCGUCUCGGUCAACCUGACAACAGACCUUGCUCUGACCCCGCCGCCGCCGCGAAUCUCCGCUGACGGCCUGGCUCCGAUAAAGGCGGGUGAGCAGCAGAAAGAGGACGCCCUGGACCUGGCCGAUCCGCGCUUCUUCCCGAAACUGGAGGUGGCCAAUGCUGCAUUCACCCCGGCCAAAAUGGGCACGUCGGCGGGACACUACGAAGAGGCUGCCCGCGCUUGGCAGCUCCCGCGCCCCGAAGCACAGGAUCUGCUCGACUUCUGGGCAACGAGCCUGUUCUGGGACAAUAGGCCCGGCGGUGGCACGAGUCCACUGGACGGCUCAAUGCCAAAGAUGUAUAUCGACAAGCAGGACCAGCUCUGGAUGGCUGCGCCGUCCAUCAAUGCGGCAAGAUUCUCUUUAGUUGCUGGACUUUUCGCGGCUGCUGCCCUACCCAGUAUGCGAAAGUCUUGCAAGGGGCGCAGGCGUUUAUUUAGGGGUCGUAGGCGUUUUCAUCUAGGUAGUUAUAAAUAUAGGGUAAGGGUUCCUAAGUAUAUUAAGCCUCUGUGUAUAAAAGCUACUGAAAAGGAUAAUAACUGUGAAAGUAGUUAUAUAUUUUAUAUUUUUAGUAAACUAUAUUUCCCUUCUAAAAGUUUAUUUUUUUUAUUUAUUUAUCUGUCUAAUUUAAAGGUAUAUCAGAAAGGUUUUUGUAAUAGGUAA